UUACUUUGUAAUCUUUGUAAGCAAUCUUUUAUGGUACAAAAACAUUUAGUUUUAUUAUACCAGUAUGGCUGAAAGUAUUAUUGAACUGUUAAGCAAAAGAACGGAGUUUUUAAACCUUCUUGACCAGGAUAUCGAUAAAAACAGUGCAUUAACCGAAGACAUUCAGAAAAAAAUAGAAUCUCUGGAAGAAACAAAACGAAAUAUAACAGAACUCGGAAAAGAACCAGAGCAUUUUGCCCUUAUACCACUUUGCAAGAGAUUAUUUAUGCCAGGACAAAUAGUUCAUACUGGGGAAUAUCUUAUAAGAUACGAUGCCCACCCAUAUAGUUACUCAGCUUUGAGAACCAAGGAUCAAACAAUCAAACACUUGGACGCUCAAAUUAAUUCACAACAGGAGUUACUGAAAAAAUCUGAAUUAUCCGUUUUUCAGUUGGAGGAAAGAAAGAAGAUUUUAAUAGGACAGAACAAUGAAGAUUUCAUAUCGGGACAAGUACUAGAAGAUGCAGAAUAUGAAAGUAUAUCAAUGGAAGUUGCUAAUAUGCCUAAGGAGAUACAAUCAGACAAAGGUGUAGCUGUAAAGGUUGGGAAUUACUAUGAAAUAUUUGAAUAUGAAGAAAAUUGAUAUUAGUUCUAAGUACUUUUGAUAAUAUGUUGAAUU